AUGAGCGACUGGUCGUGGCCAUCGGACACCGACAGCGAGGGGAAGCCGCCAGGAUGGCGGCAUUGGUGGGAUCGCGUUGCAUCGUCCAGCAGCGACGAUUCCCCCCCGCCGUCCAGCGAAGAAGAAUGGGACGACGACGAGGAGGAGGACGAGGAGGAGGCCGUGGAGCAGCCCGUGGAGCCGGCCGUGGAGCCGGCCGUGGAGCAGCCCGAGGAGCAGGCCGAGGAGCCGGCCGAGGAGCCGGCCGAGGAAGAACCCGAGGAGCAGGCUGAGGAGGAGGAGGAGGACGCAGAGGCGAAGGCGCCUUCCUCCGACGAGGAGAUGAACUCCGACAACUUCACGGCGAAGGGCAAUAACAUGAUGCACCACCAUGUCCUAGAGGUAGGCGACGUCAAGAAGAGUCUCCUGGUGGCAAGGAAUAGCCGUGAAGUACACCGAUAG